AUGAGUCUGAGGCCUGGACACAGACCCACUGACCACAUGAAGGACCCACAUCUGCCAGCCAUCUCACAUCGACCAUGGUCCAAGAAAGCCACAAAGAAGCCCCAGGAGGAGGCGGCCAGGGGGGAUAGGAGCGCCAAGACAACCCCUGUGUGCGUGACCGGCACCAGGGUGGACAGGAUGAGGCAGUCUCCGUUUGAGAGGGUGGUGCAUGACCUGGCCCACAAUGAGAAGAUGGCCAAUGAAACCAUGUUGGGACGACGCAUUGGAUUCUAUGAGCUCAGAGGGGAGAUCGGACAGGGAAACUUCUCCAAUGUCCGACUGGGAAUCCAUGCCCUCACUAAAGAGAGAGUAGCCGUAAAGAUAAUGGACAAGACUCGUCUGGACAAGAAGAAACAGCCCGAUGCGUCCACGGAGAUCAACUGCAUGGAGAAGCUGUGCCACCCCAACAUCGUGCGUCUGUACGAGGUGCUGGAGAACAGCAGGAAGCUCUACCUGGUGAUGGAGUACGGCAGUGGAGGAGACCUGUUCUCCAGAGUCUCCAGCAGAGGGCGACUCAACGACCUCGAGAGCAAAGUGAUCUUUGCACAAGUGCUGUCUGCGGUCAAGCACAUGCAUGAGAACAACAUUGUCCACAGAGAUCUGAAGCCUGAGAACAUCUUCUACACCACCAGUCGAUGUGUGAAAGUGGGAGACUUGGGCUUCAGCACUGAGAGUGUCCCUCAUGAGCUGCUGCACACCUUCUGUGGCUCUCCUCCAUACGCCGCCCCGGAGCUGUUCCGAGACAAAGGCUUCUCCGGCCGAAACUCAGACAUCUGGGCCCUGGGCAUCCUGCUGUACUUCAUGGUGACUGCCAAAGUGCCCUUCUACGGAGACUCUAUGAGCCGACUCAAGCGCUGCAUCCUCCAGGGGGCGUACACCAUCCCAGAGUAUGUCUCGGAUGGUUGCCAGAUAAUUAUUAAAGGAAUGCUUCGACCAGUGCCCAGUGACAGAACUCCUGUUGCAGAGAUGCUGACCAGUCCUUGGCUCUGUGAAAUACAUUGCCCUCCUCCGUUCUCCAAGUUGCCCCUCAGUCCCGUCCACUUUGGUCAGCCUAACGCUGCCCUGUGUGAAGAAGAGCAAGAGGUCAAGCAUUUGUUGUCCGAUUUGGGGAUUGGGACAGUCCACUUUCAGAAUAACCCCUGCUCAGACUCCAGGAGCCCCUUGACCGGGUUGUACCGCAUCUUGUUGCAUCGGGUGCAGAAGAGGAGGACCGUGGAGGCCGUGGGGUACACAACACUGCACCCCGAUGAGUACAAGUCUUUAGAUAAGCACGACCCAUCAGCCGUGUGUGUGAUUUUAUGA